ACGCCACCAGAGUACAUUCAGCACCAGCACGGAGCUGUGGCACUUGUGUAACCGCUAUUACAAGUCAAAUCAUGACUUCGUGCCGCUUACCAUCAUGUAGCCGCUUCUACCUGACCCUAGUGUUCGCGAUUUUGCGAAACGCGUGACGUGCCUUGACAGUACCGAUGCGGACAAGAGUAUUAUCACCAAUUAUUCAGUGCAGACGACAAUGUCUGGAAGUAGCGAUUCCGAAGAAUUUUUCGAUGCGGAGGAUGAUACUUUCCACCGCAGUACACGAAAAAGUAAACAACGCGAUUCCAUCAGCAUUGAAAUACAAACUAAGGAUAGAUCAGAUGUUUGCAAAAAAUCAGAUGAUGAUGUUUUUGUGGAACCUGCUCAACCAAAACCAAUUGUAGAACCAAAGGAACAUGUAACCAUAGAAUGUACACUUAGUAAAGAUAAACCUGAUGAAGAUGGAAAAGAAACAAGUACAGAUAAAAUUGUGGGAAGAAGGAGAUUUCGUGAACUUAGACAACGCAUGCAAACAGAGGAUGAUGAUAUUCCAAUUAAUAGUUCUCCUCCGGAUAGCCAGACAUCAUCCAUUGAGGGUGUAUAUCCUACUCCUUCAAAGACAACGCAUCCAUUUAGAAUCAUAGAGCAUGAUACUCUUAGUUUACAAAGUAUGACAUCUUUAGGACGAGUGGGUCGAAUUUUAGCUGGAGCUGGGGACAGUGCUUCUGCUAUAAUUCCACCGAACGUAACUCAGUGCCCCCCUUCGGCUACCCUUACCCGCGAAAGCCAGAUGUCCUCGAUUGCUAGUAUCCCCAGCAAAGAUGAGGACACAGCAUCGGGUAAGGUGUCCCAGUCCUCGAGCAUCUUUACGUUAUCAGGGGAUAUCCUUCAAGAGGAAUCCUCUGUUAACAGUAGGUCCAGUCAUUCUUCUCACUCACAAAAUGAUAAGACUGUUAUGCUUCAAGAACCUGAUGUCAUCGCUAGUACAAAAAAUAAUGGAAAAUCAAAUGAAGAUAUUACCGUGGCUGGAAUACCUGUUGCACCGCCUAGACGUAAAAAAAAAUCAAAAGCGCAAACGCCUACCGAUCUUGCUCCUAAUGCACCAGAAACAGCAUUACCCGCUUCGCCGUUACCAAGCCCGGCAAGUACUAUUGAAUCUAUCACCAGAGAAUUUGAACAUUCUCUUGACAUUCGGUCUGCAACAAAGGGGCAAUAUGUUGUUAAACCACAAGAUGAAGAUAAAUCAAAAGCUGAAGGCCCAUCAACUGAAGAGUUAGAAAGGCUAGAAAGAAUGAAAGCUGAGUUAAUGAGUAUAAAAUCAAGUGACAAAUCUAGCAGCCCGCUAGGAUCCAUGUCCAGUAACAGUAUCGGCCGUUAUUCCUUAGGACCUCACAAACUUUCGGGCUUAAGUCCCCAAGGUUCGAAAGAAAGACGAAAAUCAGCUGGCGACCAGGAUAUGGUCAAACAGUUAAAUAUGUUUGUGAGAACAAGAACAGAUUCCGGAAAGCGUCUAACGGACAUGGAAAUCUUGGAGCAAGUCACUGUUCUAAAUUUAGAUACUGGAGAGAGAGUGCCAUUAAGUAUAGCGGAAGAUAAAUUGCCGCAGUGUAUUAAUCCUCUGUCACUUCAUAUUAUGAGACUUACUUCGGAAUACAUAAGUAAUUCUAGUUUGGAGAAAGAAAAGGAAAGUGACGAGGAAAGUGUUGAUAGCAAAAUGUCUAGUAUACCGCCGGAUGAAGAUGUAUCUGUCGGGAGGGUUCGAAAGAAAACCCAAAAAUUGAAACGAUUCUUGGGUUCCACUGUGAAGAAAACAAUGGACAAAGCGAAAUCUAUCGCGCAAGAAGUAUCUCAUGCGAGACAUAAGGAAGAUGUUAUGGAUAUAGUAGACGAAGUAUAUCCUGGCGAACAACAGUACAUCAAACUAAAAGCGUCCAAUAGUCACAAAGGACCGUACGAGUUUAGUUGUUUGCAGCAUGUCCAGGAUCUGAGCGGCGAGCACGUUGGUCCUGUUUGGUGCAUGAAAUUCUCUGUUUGCGGACGAUUACUCGCCACAGCGGGGCAAGAUCGAGUUUUAAGAAUCUGGGUAUUGCGAGAUGCUUUCACGUAUUUCCAAGAUAUGCGAACUAAAUACAACGCUGAGAAAGUUAGUCCAACACCUUCCCAAGAAUCAUUGGUCUCUCAACAGUCUAUGGAAGAUCCAAACGUCGUGGCUAGUGCCUUCAGCGAAAUAGAAGGAACUAAAAGCCCAUUCAUGCCAAAGCCGUUCUGCACUUACACGGGGCAUACCUCGGAUUUACUCGACGUUUCAUGGUCUAAAAAUUAUUUCGUUCUAUCGUCGUCGAUGGAUAAAACCGUGCGACUUUGGCACAUAUCACGUAAAGAAUGCUUAUGCUGUUUCCAACACAUCGAUUUCGUUACGGCGAUAGUGUUUCAUCCUCGCGAUGAUCGUUACUUUCUUUCUGGAUCAUUGGACGGGAAACUACGUUUGUGGAACAUACCGGACAAGAAAGUAGCUGUAUGGAACGAAGUCGAUGGACAAACUAAACUGAUAACCGCAGCGAAUUUCUGUCAGAACGGAAAAUUCGCCGUAGUUGGUUCGUACGAUGGCCGAUGCAUAUUUUAUAACACGGAUCAGUUGAAGUAUCACACGCAAAUACACGUUCGAUCGACCAGAGGGAAGAAUUCGACCGGAAGGAAAAUUAGUGGUAUAGAACCUAUGCCGGGGGAGGAUAAAAUUCUAGUUACUUCAAACGACAGCCGUAUUCGCUUGUAUGAUUUACGAGAUUUAAAUUUAUCAUGCAAAUACAAAGGUUACGUCAACGUCAGCAGUCAAAUAAAGGCAAGCUUCAGUCCUGACGGACAGUAUAUAGUUAGCGGUUCGGAAAAUCAGUGCAUUUAUAUCUGGAAAACUCAUCACGAUUACUCGAAAUUCUCAAGCGUACGCAGAGAUAGGAAUGAUUUUUGGGAGGGUAUCAAGGCGCAUAACGCAGUUGUUACAUGCGCGGUGUUUGCACCAAAUCCAGAUAGUAUUAUUAAACAAAUUGAAGAAAGAGAGCAGUGGGAAAGUAAAGAAGACGGGAAAAAUUUAGGUGGUUCAACCGUGGACGUACCUCCCGUUGAUCCUGUCGUUGAACAGCGCACUAAAGGCUGUGGUGGACACGUUCUUGUAAGUGCUGAUUUUAAUGGCUGUAUAAAGGUUUUUCUAAACAAAACGAAACCUAAGCAUAGUUCCCUACCAGCAUCUGCUCUCGCGUAACAUGAUACUACAUUGAUUUGUGCACUAUUGCUAAUGAUAUGAAAUUAAUAAGAACACCAAUAUAUAUUUUACCUCAGCGAGUUACGUAGCUCUCACUGUACGCUAUUUUUUAAGAUAAACGCGGCUGUACUAAAUCUUUCUGAAAACAGAAUAUUUUGAGAUGCAUGCCAAAAAAGGCUUACUUCACGAUAAGAAAGCUUCAAAGAUAUAGUUAGUGAUACCUAAAGUACCCAGAAAUUGAAUGCUCAGAUAAUGUAUCGGUUUUCCUUUAAUUUUAUUGAUUAUCAUUAUUAUUAAUAACAAGCACUAAAACGGUUCCCUUUCAUUGUAAAUUAAACAAACAUUUUACAUUGAUAUUAUUAUAAUUUCUACUAAAGCUUUAAGUAAGUCAUAUAAAAUACAUAGUUUUAUAAGAUCUUGUAUUUUUAACACUUUUUUAAAUUCGACAUUAUAUUUUUAUUGAUUUUUCCUUAUUUGUAUUAUAUAUUUUUCGGUGCUGGUCCACUGGGAUCAUAUAUAGUUUAUACAUGCAAACUUUGCCAAAAUUAUGUUAACAAAUAUACAGUCAACGUGGAAUUGUUCAUUUCGAUUAAUUUAUAAACAAAACAAAAAAUAAAAAAAAAAAAAA